AUGAGAAUCAGUAUUUUAAAAUUUGUUUUUUUUUCAAUUAUUAUUUGUUUUUUUGAAUAUGCCAAAAAUGAAUUAUGCCUUGAAAGGAAUAUAAAAUUUUUUAGAAAUAAUAGGAUAUUAGCAGAUAUAGACAAUCAAUUCGAUUUAAGUGAUUUUUAUCAAUCAACUUUGAGUCUUGUAAAUCGAUUUAAUAACGGUAAUGACUAUAAUGACGGUAAUGACGAUAAUGACUAUAGUGACUAUGAAGAAGAAAUAAUGCAUCUUCGAGAUACUUUAGAUUCACAUAUAAAGAUGCAUAAAGAAAAUAAUACAUCAUCCGAUUUAAAUAAUGUAGAUAAUAAUAAAGCUAAAAAGUUAAUUGAUGAACUUCGAAAAGAAUUAGAAGAAGCAAAAAAAGAGCUUGAUAAUAGAAGGAAUGGUGAAUUAGAAAUACAGCCGUUACAUAAUAAAAGAAUAACGAAAAAAAAUGAAAAUAUUUAUGUAUCAGAACAUGAAGACUUUAAACAAUUGGAAAUUUAUGAAAAUGUUUUGGAGAAUAAAAAUACUAAUUUUGAAGAUAAAUAUAAUGAAAUUACAUCAAAAGAAAAUUAUAAGAAAUUAAAAGUUAAUCAAAAUGUAAACAAAGCAGGGGAAAAAAUACUUAAUAAAGCGUUGUUCUACAUUAGAGAAUCUUUGGUGACGUUUGUAUCAGGAUGGAAGUGCAUAACAGUACUAUUUAUAUCGAAUGUUCUUUCCUUAAUUAAAAAUACUUGUAAAAUAGUUAAAUCACCCUUUAAAUCAAAAAAAUCACGAAGAUAA